AUGAUCAAGUGCAGCGAAGAUGCCCUGCUACUUCAUUGUAACGAGACAGGCUUUACCAAAAAGAACGUCGAUGCAAUUUGCAGUGCAGGGCAAAGCAGCAAGAUCAGUCCAACCACGGAACGGAAGUUCAUUGGCGAGAAGGGAAUUGGAUUCAAGUCGGUUUUUGCGGUCGCGCAGACAGUCUGGAUAUCAUCCAACGCCUACUCCUUCCGGUUUGAUGGGGAUAAAGAGCUCGGGACGAUCGCACCCAUCUGGGAUGAAAAUUUCCCAGAAGGUCAUGAGUCAACAGGCACAUCCAUGUACCUCCGCCUCCUCAAUUCCGAAGUGAUUUGGGAGGUGUCUCGAGAGCUAUCCGAAUCCGGUCCAUUGAUACUCUUAUUCCUUCGCAAACUCCGACGGAUCAAGUUUGAUAAGCCAGUCCUCAAGGGUGAAAGACAGAGACUAGUGCUCGAACGAUUGAAGGAUCGUCCUUUGGAUGGCCGUACCUUAGAUGGUUCAUGCUUCUACUCGGUGGUCUCAGAUGGUGUUGUUGAAGUAACAUGGCUUGUUGUCAAGCAUCAGGUCCCGCUGAAACUUGCUCUUGAUGCUGUUCGUGGUGAUUGA